GAAUAAUACAAAUAUGGUUCUUUCAUAUAUCGUUUCAUCCCCCCUAUCGACCAGCUCCUUGCUCAAUAUGCACAUGAACUAAACUUAACCCAACACUGCGUUUUCCAUGGUCUCAACUAUAAGAUAUGGUCGAACUUCGAAAGCGCAAAGCGCCAACACAACCCUCUAUAUCCGAGAGAAAGGGUAAAAGAGUCCAUCCAUCUGUUGGGUCAUCUCAAAGCCCUACGCCGAAAGUAGGUAAUGUCUUAAAGACAGGCCCUUUCGAUAAUUUUCCCAAAGUGGGCGAUGUUAUACACUCGGAUGGUUUUGGCGGUGAAUUUGAAACAAAUGAUGGCAAUAAAACCACUUUAAAAAACCUCAUCAAUGCAAGCGAUAAUGGUAUUGUGAUAUUCACAUACCCUAGAGCUUCAACCCCAGGCUGUACAAAGCAAGCAGGGUUGUUUCGUGACCAUUAUGAUUCUUUUACCAAACUCGGCUUAUCUGUCUACGGCCUUUCGGCAGACUCGCCCAAGACAAACACCACAUUCAAAUCAAAGCAGAUGUUGCCCUUUCCCCUGCUCUGCAACCCUUCAUAUACACUAAUAGAGGCCUUCGGGUUGAAGAAGCUACCAAAAGGAACAAUAAGAGGUGUCUUUGCAUUGGAUAAGACGGCCAGGGUACUCCUUUUGCAGGCCGGUGGUCCAGAUGCAACGGUCAAGGCUGCAUUGGCUAUGGACUAG